AUGGCUACCGGGGGAUUCGAUGCCACACUUCUAGAAUGUGGUAGUGACGCCGUCGGUGGUAGAAUCGGAAGCAAGUGUGAACCUUGUCGUCAUCGGGAAAGGUCAGAGGUAGCGUCGUGGUUUUGUAAAACAUGCAAAAUAUAUAUGUGCGAUGACUGCGGUGAUGUUCACAAGGUGCACAUGAAAAACGUAGAUGGACAUCAAAUUGUGGCUGCACAUGAAUCCUGUGUCAAGCCAGAUGUCGAUAUGAAGGGACUUGAUCAGUGUAACGAACAUAAACGAGUGUUCAUGUUUCACUGUGAAGACCACGAAGAUUUGUGCUGUGAAAUAUGUGCCUUUUCUCGUCAUCGUAGAUGCGAUAAUAUCCACGAAAUAGCAAAGGUUGCUAAGAAUGUGAGAGAUGUUGAAAGGGAAAAUAUACGUGCAUCCAUUAUUACUGCCUCAGAAGUUAUAACGAAAUGCAAGGAGGAUCAAUUGAAUAACGUUGUGCGAGUUGAAGAAAUUAUUAAAGAAAUUGAUAUUUACAAGGAAGACUUAUUAAAGAAAAUUGAGGAAGCCAAGGCGCGAAUUGUCAGCGAAAUGACUAGCCAUAACACACAGGAAGACGAACGUCUAAAUACGAGGAGAAAUGCGGCUGAAAACCUGAAGAAAGAACUUGACACGCACUUGGCAAUGUCAGAUAGCGUUCGCAAGAAUGGAACGGUAACGGAAAUAUUUAUUCUAAACCACAUUCUUAAAAGAACGCAGGACAAGGCAUCGCAAACUCUGAACACUUUGUUGAAGAAUGAUAACACCGUCAAAGUGGGACUAAAAAUCAACGAAAACAUUUUAAACAUAAAAUUUACUGAUGUCGUAUUGUUCUCAUUAAAUAAAACACAAGUGGCCAAAACACAAUCAUUUCAUGACGACGAUUUGAUAUCUUCAAAGGUGGACACAGUCCAACAAAGGCCGUUGAGUCUGGAGCUGGUGAAGACCCUGGAUCUCGUGAAUACAGGAAACGACAAGAGGAAACCAUUUUGUACUGGGCUGGACUUCCUGUCAGACGGGAGGAUCGUCGCCGUGGAUAACUACAACUGGAAAUGUUUUAUCUUGAGUGACACACUGAAGAGGUUCGACGCAUUUUAUAAAUUCAAGACAAAUCCUAGGGACGUAACGUCUUACUCUGAUAACAAUAUUGCAGUAACUGUCAGUUACGGAGAUAUCCGAACCAUCUGCCUGCUGACAGUGGACAGUGACAACACGAUCACGCUGAUGAAGACGCUGAACACGUCCAACUACUGCGACUCCAUCUGUCUUCUAAAUGACCGCACGUUCGUAGUGAGCACCUGGGACGACCCGCGGCCGGCAAGGAUGAUUGACGUUGACGGCAAGGAGAGCGACUUUGAUAACGUGAAGUUUCCUGGAAAGACGUAUAAGCGUGGUGAAAGUAAAUGUGCCUACAUACCAUCCCGGGAUACGCUUGUUCUUAUUGACAGGCUUGUUCACAUUGUUUACAUGUAUAACACCGUAUCCGGUAAGAAUAGAGAGGUAAAAGCUAUACGAGAACCGAAAAGCGCCUGUGUUGGUCCAGCUAAAUCCGUUUUUGUCUGCAGUAAGAAUACAAACUCCGUCAUCCAGGUAUCGCCCGACGGGGACAUACAGGCGUCAUGUGGCGUCGACAUGGAGUGUCCGUACGCCGUUGCCGUCUCCAGGGAUGGCUCGAGAAUGGCCGUGAUCAAUAGUGCUAGUUCCAAACCAUUUAGUCAUGAGGCACCAGUUGCUGUCCGACUCCAGGUCUCCCGCCUCAGUGCGCUUAAGAAGUGCAAGAACAAAUAG